GGAAAAUACUUCGAUCUGCGAUACACUGCGCCAGUCCAAGUCGGUUAGUGAAGAGUACCAGACAGUACCUCAGGGUAAUCAUGUUUCAGUUUUCGUACGCGAUCGCUCUGUUUUGUUUAGUUUUGUUUGUCAACCAGAGUUAUUCAAACUGGGUCAUCGAUGAUGAAGGCUGCACUACGCCGGAUAGGAAGACUGGGAAUUGCAUUGCUCUCACCAACUGUGAGCCAAUUCUGCGAGUUCUCAGAACGAUCAAAAGACCGGUUUCUACUGAAGUCGCGCAAAAAUUGCAAGCCUACAAUUGCGGCGUCGAUUCCAGAAGGAAAGUUAAGGUUUGUUGUCCGUCAGAAUCCAUUGACCUAGAAGGAACUAAUCCCCUGGAUGUCAGUAACCAUAGAAACAAGAAUCUGCUGCCUACAGAUUGCGGUUAUAUCGAUACCGAUAAUCGAAUUAUCAACGGAGAAAAUGCAUUUUUAAAUGAAUUCCCGUGGAUGGCGCUCCUAUCGUACAGCGGAAAGAAAUCAGGAUUUAAAUGUGGCGGAACCAUAAUAAACCAGAACUAUAUUUUGACAGCCGCUCACUGCAUCGCAAAUCUAAAAAACAGCAGGCUAGUUUCAGUUAGAAUUGGCGAACACAGCAUCCAAAACGAGACCGAUUGCGAGCUAAGACGCAAGAGAAAAAUUAAAUGCAACCCCCCAGCAAUCGAUCUUAGUAUCGAACAAGUUAUACCGCAUCCUGAUUUUAAUCCUGCCACUUUUACCAACGACAUUGGCCUCUUAAGAGUCUCAAAGAUGAACUUACAACAAGAAAGUACAAGACCUGUAUGCCUUCCCAUAACUAAAACUCAAAGAACCCUCAAUUAUACCAACAUUGUCGUCACAGGAUGGGGUAUAGUGAACCCUGAUACAGAGGAGACGGCAGAUAUUCUGCAAAAAGUUGGUUUACCAGUAACAGACAAAGCAACAUGUGCUGACAUUUACAAACAACACAAUAUAGAAUUACACAACUAUCAGUUGUGCGCUGGAGGUGUUAGAAAUAAGGAUUCAUGUCCCGGUGAUAGCGGAGGGCCUAUGGUAGUCCCUGGUGUGGACUCUAAUGAUGAUGCCCAAUACGUUCAACAGGGAGUUGUUUCUUUUGGACCAAAAUACUGUGGUUUACCUGGAUACCCUGGAGUAUAUACUCUAGUUAUAUACUACAUGGAUUGGAUACUAGAUACAAUCAGGCCUUAAGAAUACAAAAAUUAUACUUCUUAAUGGUUAUAAACUCGUUGAGUGUGGUUUAAGCUGAAAACAAGAGCUGUACUUUGUAAAUAUGGUUGAGAUACUCAGAAAAUAAGACUGGACUAAUUUAGUAUUUAUAUAUUAUAUAUUUAGAAAAUGUAUGCUUGACAGAACAAUAUUAGGUUUAAGUUUUUCAGAAAAUAAAUGUAUUUUUCAUGA